AUGUCAUGGCUCGCAAAUUUGUUUCCGGCGCUGAAGCGUCAUGGUCCCUCUAGAAGCUCUCAUGCACAUUCACGACGGACUUCGCAUGAGCGGCAUCAUGAUGUACGUUCGCGAGAAUCGCGUCCACGAGAUCAUGUCCACAGUAGACCGUCUAAAGCCAGUGGCGUAGAAGCCAGGCGCUCUCGCUCAUCAAAGACUUCUCCCGAGAGACAUACAGAAUCAAGGCAAUACGAGUCCCAUCGAGACAGAGGAUACAGAAGCGUUCCUGAUACUAGGCCCUGCUUCGUGCGCCAUCAUAGGUCCCAGGAGCCUUUAUCUCCUCGUCGGGUUCAUCAUUCGUCACGAAAACAUGGAAGUAUUGAUGGCUCAGGGCACCAUGAUAAGAAAAAGAAGCAAAAGAGCCGGGUGUAUGUAAAUGAACAAUAUCAUAUGCCUCGUGAAAAGCAACACGGGCAUAAGCACUCUUCAACGAGUCAAAAAGAACAUAGAGAAUCUAGACACAGACAUCAUACACCGAGACAACCUCCACGCCGUACAAAAGACCUUGAUUUUUCGCCGAAACGCACUCGACCUGAAAACUUCACUAGUCAAUCCGCAUGUACAUCUGCGCCGAGCGAGCAUAACGUGUACAGAACUAGAAAAAGCGGGGUGGAUGCCUGUCACGGAAGGAAGCACCAAGAGGAUGACCAACCAAACAAGCCACCCGAUAUUGGACGAGAAAGUGAGCUGAGACAAACAGCCACGGAGCCUGUCUCCGCUAGAGACGCAAAACUUGAUGCAUUCGUCCGUUCCGUAAAUGCUGAUGGUAUCGGGAUGGAUGGUCGGCCACUCAAAAUGUCUAGUGAUUAUCUCAAUAGUGAAUUACGACCACCAGAUACCUUGUUAGAUGCCAUAUCUGAUAGGGAUGAGGAGGAGGACAAAAGAAAUGACAAUGAAUACGAAAAACAAAGCAAUAAUGUCGAUACACGGCAGGAUGGACAAGAUCCUCCGGAAACAAGUAAAGUCAAAUACAAUUACCCGAUUCGACGAAGGUCGACUAUCAGAAAAGCAGCCCAAUCGGACAAACAGCACAAAAACAUCCAAGAGAGACGGAAGGAAAGGCGACAGGAAACAAAAAGGCAGCUUAUAGAUGAUCUGGAGAGAUUCAUCUCACUAGCCAGGGAACGGAAGUGGGAGAUACUGGAUGCUUGGGAGAACAAGCUCAAAGAAGUCGAGUCAGUUGAAAUUGGCAACGAUGACUUCGAGCACAUCAUUAGGGAACACAGGAAGGAGUUUCUUUCACAAUACAAAAAAGAGCUCGAUAGCGAUAUGAGUGCGGACAAGUUGGAUAGAGAGCAAAAAUACGUUGAACAGGAGCUUCAGAAGGUCGCCGUGCAGGAAGACCUGGCAAAAUUUGUUAGAAAACUGAAAGAAUCACUCUCGUACGAGAGUAGUGAGGAGGAAGAAGGCCGAAGACCGUGA